CAGAGGCCGGGCAGCAGCGUUCUUCCGCGCGCCCCGGGGCCCUAGCUUUGCUCGGGUCAGGCGCGGGGAUCCACUAUGAACCGGUGCGCCGAGGCGGCCGCAGUGGCGGCCACGGUGCCGGGCUCAGGCGUCGGGGACGCGGGGCUGCGGCCACCUAUGGUGCCCCGCCAAGCGUCCUUUUUCCCGCCGCCAGUGCCCAACCCCUUCGUUCAGCAGACGCGGAUCAGUGCGGCCCGACGGCUGCAGAUUUUUCUUCUUGGAAUUAUUCUGCUUCCAGUCCGUGUAAUAUUGGUUGCAUUAAUUUUGUUACUGGCAUGGCCAUUUGCUGCAAUUGCAACAGCAUGCUGCCCUGAAAAGCUGACCCAUCCUAUCAGUGGUUGGAGGAGGAAGAUUGCUCAGCCAGCUUUGAAGUUUCUGGGCCGUGCCUUGUUCUUCUCGAUGGGGUUUAUGGUGACCGUGAAGGGCAAGAUCGCGAGCCCCUCAGAAGCACCCAUUUUUGUUGUCGCCCCUCACUCAACGUUCUUCGAUGGAAUUGCCUGCGUUGUAGCGGGGCUGCCUUCUCUGGUGUCACGCAAUGAGAAUGCACAGACCCCUCUGGUUGGCAGACUGUUACGGGCUGUGCAGCCAGUUUUGGUGUCCCGUGUUGACCCAGAUUCCCGAAAAAACACAAUAAAUGAAAUCAGAAAACGGGCGACAUCCAGAGGGGAAUGGCCCCAGAUACUUGUUUUCCCAGAAGGUACUUGUACUAAUCGCUCCUGUUUGAUUACUUUUAAACCAGGAGCCUUCAUUCCAGGGGUUCCAGUGCAGCCCAUCCUCCUCAGAUACCCAAACAAACUGGAUACUGUGACCUGGACAUGGCAAGGAUAUACAUUCAUCCAGUUGUGUGUGCUUACUUUCUGUCAGCUCUUCACAAAGGUGGAAGUUGAGUUUCUGCCUGUUCAAGCACCAAGCGAUGAGGAAAAAAACGAUCCUGUUCUUUUUGCCAGUAGAGUCCGGAAUUUAAUGGCAGAAGCGUUGGCAAUACCAGUGACAGAUCACACCUACGAAGACUGCAGGCUGAUGAUCUCAGCAGGACAGCUAACAUUGCCUAUGGAAGCUGGGCUGGUAGAAUUCACUAAGAUUAGCCGGAAAUUGAAGUUAGACUGGGACGGCAUUCGCAAGCACUUGGAUGAAUAUGCCUCUAUCGCCAGUUCCUCCAAAGGAGGCAGAAUUGGAAUCGAAGAGUUUGCAGAAUACUUAAAGUUGCCUGUUUCCGAUGUCCUGAGACAACUUUUUGCACUCUUUGACAGGAAUAAUGACGGCAGUAUUGACUUCCGGGAGUACGUGAUCGGCCUGGCUGUCUUGUGCAACCCUGCCAACACGGAAGAGAUCAUCCAGGUGGCAUUUAAGCUCUUUGACGUUGACGAGGAUGGCUACAUAACAGAGCAGGAGUUCUGCACCAUUCUGCAGGCUUCUCUUGGAGUGCCUGACCUUGAUGUUUCCGGUCUCUUCAGGGAGAUUGCCCGCGGGGACUCUGUUUCCUAUGAGGAAUUCAAAAGUUUUGCCCUAAAGCACCCAGAAUACGCCAAGAUCUUUACAACGUACUUAGACCUCCAGACAUGCCAUGUGUUUUCGUUGCCAGAUGAAGUCCAGACAGCUCACUCUGGUGCGAGUAAUAAAGUCAGCCCUGAGAAGCAUGAGGAGGGUGCCUCAGACAAAAAGGUCGAUUGAGUCGGUGUUCCCGUGAGGAAAGCUCUGCUCCUGCCUGUCGUUGGGAAGGUGUUUGUUGACAGCAUUGGACGUGUGCUUAGCAACUUAUGAUGUUCAAAACAGAAAGCUUUUUACUAAAAUGACAUAUCUUCUUCCUAAAAUGCUUUUAUUAACCUGAGUAUAUCAAGUAAGUUCCUUUUGUCUUACGUUGUGCUCUUACUGGUUGCUUUAACUGGCGAUAAAUACUGUAUAUUUUUGUGACUUUUUGAGCUCAGUUUUCAUAAUAAACUCACUGGUCUUCCUCUGUAUUGGCCAGCAUUGGUCAACACUGUGAGUUUAGCAAGUACAAAUGAUUUUCAGUUCUUCCACAUAUAAUAAUACUGUGUUUUCUCUAAUUGCUUCCCUUACUGGAAGUAAGGAUAAGGAAUCUGAAAUGCAUGGCAGAAUUUUGUAUUUUUAUCUUUGCAUGUUUAUUUUCCCAUUCAGAUUUCAGUUUCCUCGGUCACUGGCCAGGAGCGGGGAGCGCACCCUUAGCUAGAUAAGGCCUUCUUAAGAGAGCACACUCCCCUUGAGAUGCAUCUCUAUUGCAAGUUUUUUUUUUUUUUCCAAAUGCACCCUAAGGUCAGCAGGUCCUUUUCUGCUAUCCAUAGUAUAAAAGGGACCGUGUUUCAAAAUGACCACAGUAGCCACAGCUGAGUGGGAAUUGCCUUAUUGAAGGGAACAGUGAUUGCCUAAUGAGAAAAUGAAUUGUUUGCUACAGAGUUGAAUUGAAUUUGAGCUGGCUGGUUUCAGAGGUAGCACUUUCCCAACAGAUAAAUCAGAUUUGUUCUAUUUAUAUAAUGGUCAAAUUAGUAUAUUUUACCAUCCAAUUCAAGAGAGAGUUUUAUUGUGUUUAAUUUUCCUCUCAAACUUUUAGAGUUUGUCAGAACUAUCCACAUGGAAAACAGAUGCUUCCAAUGUAUCACCAACAGCCUAGGAAUGCAAACGCUUGGUUUAUCAAUGUGUGGCCACAGUCUACACCCAGGCAGAAAUCCAACAGCAACUUAGCCCCUCUGUGUUAGGUGAAAAUUUCUCCAUUUUUAUGGGGACCCAUUUCUGCUCUUAAUAUCACUUACAUUUGCAAUUUCGAAUAAAGGACCAAUUUGUUAAAAGAAUGCACAAAAAUAAUUGGUUAUUGUUCUGCAUUUAGUCUUUGAUACCAAAUGCUUUGCUCUGGCUAGGUUUCAGAAUCUACUAGCCAGUCUGCCUUAAAUUAGAGUUUUAAAGUCAGUUCUGAGGCCCCGAAGUUUCUGGAACGUGUUGGAGACUACCUUUAAUCAAGGAUUGUGAGUCUGAACCCACUUUCACACACGAAGCAGGUGUUUUCUAAGUUAAUGACUAAAUACAUAUUUGGAUAUUUGAGCAGCAAAGUUCUAUCCUUAAGUAUAUGUAAUUAUUUACUUUUCAUGUGUAUUAAAGCACUUUUAAGAGGCAUUAGAAUGAGCUGAAGCAAUUGCUUAAGUAAUUAAUUAUGCUAAGUAAUGUUUACACUGAUGUCUGCCAGACACAGUAGAUGUGUGUACUCAGGUAAGCCCAGAAAGCCCACAUGUUAAUCCACUAAUCAUGGGAGAGUAACAUUUGGAAUUAGAGGCUUUCUAUGAGGCUCUCAGAAAUGAUCCCAUCAUUUCCUUGUUUUUAUACGUCGACUUCUGUCAGUAUGGUGUUUCUAUUUUAUGAUUUCAUCAAUGAACAAACAAAUUGCAAUGUAAAACUUGGCAAGUACAAAGUUCUGAUUUUAUCUCAAAUAUACUUUUUUACUUAAAAAUA